AGUCAGCCCAAAGCAGCCGUGCUGUUUGACUCUUGGGACCUGCACGCAUACAAACAAUGGCGCUGCAGCAUAUACAACGAAGCCGCGUUAGACGAUGAUGAUAUCCCGCUGCCCUCCGCAUUUGAGUACGCGGAUUUCCUGGAUUGGCGCGCAGACCAGGGCAUACAAACUCCCGACCUGGAGCCAGAAGAUCAGGCACCACAGCUGGCGACUGGAAACUUUGAGCUUGCAACCCGUUGUGGACAUCCACUGCACCCGGGGCAUCCCAUGGUACAGGCAAAGCAAAAUCAAAAGCAAGGCGAAGAAGACGACGAUGAAACUGACCAAGAUCCCAUUCUUUGGUGUCCCAUGUGCACCUUGCAAGCUCAUCUCAAGUUGCUGGCUGAACUGUGGCAUCACUGGCUUGAGGUGGGCGGGCCAUGGCGGAGUUUGCCUCCUGGCAUAACCGCCGACGUCUCCCAGUUAGCCAAGCGAGCGUACUAUAAGCGCAAAGUGGAUUUGAUCAACGAGAUAGAUGUCAUAGACGAUUUUGCCCACUUUGAAGCAAUUUGGGAGUCUUCAAACCCAGGAGCGGACAUCGAAGCCACGAGGCCAUGGAGCGCUACCAACGCAAUGGAGGCAUAUGCAAAGGGCAUCCGGUUUCCUGCACAACUAGCAGAUGAGGGCAAGGCGCCUCCAUAUAAGCCGCCGAAGAGCAAGAAGAAGCGGCUCUCGUACUCGUCCGACACACCCGAGGAUACCCGUCAUCGACCCAGCGGCCUCUUUGCUCGCCGCUAUCCGUUUUACGAUCCCAACUCUCCACACCGUUGCCCAGACGAGGAGGGCUGGGCCGAGACAUCCUUCAAGAACGAUUGGGAAUACACAAUUCGACAAUGCCAGCUAUUGCUCUGUGACCGCGAUCCUUCUUUGCCUAAUGUUACCUUUCAAAAACUCACCGACGACGUCUCCAAGGACCGCUUGACCGAUAUGUUGAACGAUUCUUUCCAGUCCAUGGAGGAGGAUUGGAAGCAGCCAUGGGCCAACAUGUUGCUCUGUACGACUGACAUUUUCCUUGUGUGGAAGAAUGAGGACCGCUCUAGUGGCCAUGGCAACGAGUUUGAUAGCUGGGACAAGGUCCCAACGCUUGUCGGCACAAGACUGGAGGAUUUCGCACGGCAGACGGGUGACAUAGACGAAGAGGAUACAACGUCGUAUUCGGACCCAGUUUCUAUGUCGCAACGAGUAGAGGAAGACGAGAGUAAAGACUACUUCGACCAGGACUCGGUUGCAUCGGACAUGAAUGAGGAGGAAGAGGAA